AUGACUGAUGAAUCCACAGACAUUUCCACCAACAAAACUUCAUGUGUAGUUGUUAGAUUCUAUGAUGAAACGGAAGGCAGAAUUAAAAGUCAAUUUUGGAAUUUGCAUGACAUCUUCAGUGACAAUGAUACCGAAACAGCAAAUACAGGAGCUACUGCUGGUAAUAUAUAUAAUAAAUUGAUUAAAUCAUUUACGGAACACGGCAUUCCUCUCAAAAACGUAGUGGGAUUUGGAUCGGACGGGUGUAAUGUUAUGAUGGGGACCGAAAACUCCGUAGCAAGCAGAUUUAGAAACGAAUGUCCAGGCAUUAUAAUUAUAAAAUGUAGCUGCCAUUCCGCCCAUCUUUGUGCAAGUGCAGCGUGUCAUAAACUGCCCAAUAGAUGCGAAGAGCUAGCAAGAAACGUAUUCAGAUUUUUAAAAAUGAGUUCAAAGCGAUACGCUCAGUUACAACAGUUUCAGGUAUUUUUAGAUCUAAAGCCUCAAAAAAUGCUACAUCCAUCGCAAACUAGAUGGUUAUCUCUAGUUGAUGUCGUUACAAGGAUAAUAACAAAUUGGGAUGCCUUAAAGCUGUAUUUUACCGACAUGGCACUUUCUGAGCGUUUAGUAUCAGGCCAAUUGACAUUAGACUUGCUCAGCGAUCCAUAUAUGAAACUAUACUAUGACUUUAUGUCCUGGAUACUGCCUAAAUUUACUCAUUUCAACAAAUACUUCCAAUCGGCAGAAGUUGUAAUAACUGAAUUGGACUCGAAAAUAAAAGAUCUGUACAAAGAUUUUCUGCUAUGCUUCAUGGACAGAAAUUACGUUAACAGGUCUGAAUUAAGUAAUAUUGAUCCGGCAGAUUCAAGACACCAUUUAAAUAUUGAACAACUAUAUCUUGGAAUUGCUGUUGCAUCAAAAAUAAACACUUCUGAAAUAAAAGCGGGUAAACAACAGCGCAUAGAGUUCCUGCAUAGGUGUAAAGAUUUUCUGGUUGAAGCUGCCUUACAAAUAAAGAAAAGAUGGGAUUUCGACAGUGCACCACUGAUAAAAAUAUCCUUGUUGGGUGCGAAGAAUGCGAUGAGUGAAGAAAUAAGAAAAGAUAACCCUUCAAUCCUACCCAUUGCGUUAGCAUUUCCUAGGGUCGUCGACGUAGAUGAUAUAAACGUUUUGCAAAUCCUGGAUGAUCAAUGGCGCAAGCUACCCUAUGCAAAAAUACCAGAGGAAAUAAAAACUGAAAAGAAAGUAGAUGUAUUUUGGGCUAAACUUAGUAAAUGGAGUGAUCUGACAGAAAACAAACCUUUCAGCGAUAUUUCCCAAUUCGCGUUGGAUUGUCUCGUGCUUCCACACGCAAACGCAGAUUGUGAACGAAUAUUUAGUAAGAUCAAUCUUACCAAGUCAAGGACUCGGAACAGACUAGUAACAGGAACUGUAGAUGCAAUCUUACUGUCAUGCGAUGCAAUAAAACGCAACAAAAGUGGCAAUUGCACCGAUUUUGAACCGACAGAAGAAAUGUUACGAAGAGCCAAUAAUAAAAGUAAUGACGGAAUGCAGUGUAUUGACCAAGUUGCAGAAAUUGAUAUAAAUAUUCCAUAA